UGCUCCAGUGGGACAUUGCGCGUAUGGCAUCGCUAUGCGGAGCUGCCGAGCCAGAAGACGACUCCGAUUCUGACUCACCCUACUACUACGACGAGGAGGAGGUCAUGUCUGGUGUCGAGGCCGAAGUCGAGGUGACCAGCGAGGAGACGACGGAUGUUCAACAGUAGGACAAGGACACCAGCAUUUCCCACCCAAAGACGGUCGCGCAAAGUCCCCAUACUCCGACCAAAGGCAUCCUGGGCUUUACCAUGCGCAGCCGCAGCAAUACAUUGCUCGAGAACCUAUCGCUGUCCAGACAUGGAAAGCGGCCAGCUGAACCACGUAUUGGGGAAAGCCCCACGAAAAAGUUCCAAAGUGGUCACAGGCGGAUUGCUUCGAGAUAGUCACGGUGGAAGUGUCCGGAAGGUUGAUAGAGGCAAAUGUUUCAGAUCCACCAGGGGCCAUAGUGGGAAGGGGCGUUCUCUGCAGAGUCUGUGUGGCUGGCAGGCGCAGCAAGACAUACCUGUCCCCGUGGUUACUUUGUUGAAGGAAGGACGGGCAUGGAGACAGUUUGGCAGUUGCGUGAACAUUGUUAGAGUUGUGCUAAUUAACACAAGGGCAACGUCAUAGCCGUACAAUAAGGUCACAAUUCCAUUGUUCCGGUGAUAAUAGCUGGUGAAAUAUUUAACUCGGAAGCUGAAUGAGCUUACUGCCUUGAUGAAGUGACUGCCUCAGUGGUUUCUUGUUGCCCACCCGGCUGAGUGUCCUUUUUGUUACACUUUUUUCCGAGGCUCG